GGUUAAAGCACAGCAGGUCAGGCAGCAUCCAAGGAAUAGGAAAUUCGACGUUUCGGGCAUAAGCCCUUCACCCAGAGGAAACCCAUGCAGACACGGGGAGAAUGUGCAAACUCCACACAGUUGAAAAUGAACCCUGACGCUGUGAGGCAGCAGUGCUAACCACUGUGCCGCCCAUGAAGAACUAGAAGAAGGAGCAGCACCCUGAAAGCUAGUGCUUCCAUUUAACCCUGUUGGACUAUAACCUGGUGUUGUGUGAUUUUUUAACUUUAAACAAAAGAACGGGAGCAUUGUAGAUGUUCCCCUAUUAACUGGCAUCUGAUUUCUAGCACCCAGGCGCGGUUUUGGUAUUGACCCCCGGGCUGGGGUUUCCGGGUGCCCGGUGCACGCGAGCGCCUGCCCUGCCUUACAUUUUGGAGGGAAACUUUGGCAACAAAGUAACAAGUUCCCAUUGAUACACCGACAGAAAGUUACAUCUGUCCCCGGGCCCGGGAAUGUGGAAGCUGCUGCGCUCCCGCUGUCUUCUGGCCGGAGUCUCCCUGGCUGCCGGCACUGGCCUGGGUCUCACCCUCGGGAUCCACCGGGAUCCAGUGGAUCGCCUGAGCGGCCUCCCGGCGAUCGCGGCCGACAGCGGCCCCCCGGCGCUGUACCCGCCGGCGCCCGCCACCGAGAUCGUGAAGUUCGGCUUCCCCGCCGCGCCCCAGCUCCGCAGCCGGGAGUCCUACAUGUUGGCCUACGACCCCCGGACCAGGAACGCCGCCUGGGUGCUGGAGCAGCUGGAUGCCGGCCGCCUGCAGCACAAAGGCUCGGAGCGAGGCCGCUGCGAGUUCCGGGAGGACCCCUCGGUUCACGAGUACCACCGCGCCCGCAACAGCGAUUUCAAGGGCAGCGGCUUCGACCGGGGUCACCUCGCCGCCGCCGCCAACCACCGCCACAGCCAGAAAUGCAUGGACGACACCUUCUACCUGAGCAACGUGGUGCCACAGAAUCCUAACUUAAAUCAAAACGCCUGGAACAACUUGGAAAAAUACUGUCGGAGCCAGACCAAGUACAACAAGAAUGUGUACAUCUGCACUGGACCCCUGUACCUGCCGAGGUUGGAACCGGAUGGGAAGGUUUAUGUGAAGUAUGAGGUCAUUGGGAAGAAUCAUGUUGCAGUCCCAACACACAUGUUCAAAGUGGUGAUACUGGAGAAGCACAGUGGAGAAAUCGAAUUGCAGUCAUACGUGAUGCCCAACCAGCCAGUGCAGGAGAACAUCCCCCUCGAACGCUUCCUGGUGCCAAUUGAAAGCAUUGAGCGGGCAUCAGGGCUGCUCUUUGUCAGUAACAUUCUAAAAAGAACCAAUAAUCUAAAGACCAUAACUGCUGGUAUUUCAGAUCUUUGAUGCGACUGAAAUGAACUGUGUUCCACAGGAUCGUGAUUGAUGGUAUCAGCACAGCCUAUUUACUGUUAAUGUCUCAUUGCCUGGAUUUGAACUAUGAGACAAUUAUCACCAUCCACACCCACUCAGUAAGAAUGCAGCUCCUGUGGAUCAUGGGCAGGACACAAGUUUACAUCAGGUGUCUUGCUACAGUGCUACGUUUGGAGAAAAUACAUGUGACAAAUUCUCAAACUAACUUUUCUGUGGAAUGGGGACAUGAUAAUGUUUGUAACAAAGUUCUAACUUAAUAUUGGUUCUGGGUAAGCCAAAUUGAAUUUGGCAAUAUUUUAAGAUUGCACUUAAGUAAUGCACUUUCUGUACGUUAAUGGGGCAGGAUCAAAGGACACAGAAUUUAUGGUUAAAGAUCAAUGUAUCAUACAACUGAUGCGAUGUAUUGAACAAACCUAGAUUUCUGUUAAGUCUUUAAUCACUUAGAAUGGGGUUGAUUGAUUAACAUGUAAAUCCUGGAACUUCUUGGAUGAUAUCUCAGCUCAGACUGGUUCUAUUUCCAAAGUAGGAAUUUUUAAAAUGUCACAUAGACUGACUGCCGAUAGAUUGUGUGCAUUUUGAACAAAAUAGAAUGUAUCUGCAGAUUUGUAUAACCUGGAGUUGUGUGAUUUUUAAAUUUGUCUACCCCAGUCCAACACUGGCACCUCCACAUCAUGUGUAUUAAUGGUUUAUCCAUCAGACUCGAUCAAUAUUGAAACUUAGCAUAAUGUAUUAAAAACAAAAUAGUGGAAACUCUCAACAGGUCUAGUAGUUUUUGUAAGAGUUAAUAUUUCAGGUCAGUAAUCUUUCAUCAGAACAAUAAUCAGGUGUCAAACAAUAGAACGAUUCAGAGGAUGAUUGAACAAGAUUGAUUUUGGAAGCUUUAAAUGAAAACAUGCCGAGCUAGCAACAAAGGGAACUUUGUAAUCCAUUAGUCAUUGAGUCUUCUUGCUGCUGGUCAACCUACUGAAGGUAAAUACACUGAAAUCUUGUUGAGAAAAAUAUUUUACCUUUUAAAAGUAUAUUUUACAAAAGAUUGUUAAUUGUGAUAUAAAAUCCCCAGCAUC